AUGACUACAUAUUUAGAUGAGUCAAUCGACAGCUAUUUCUAUUCAUCUUACAACCCUUACUCUGGCAGGUAUCCCAAACCAAGAGGUGCCGGCUGGAGAAACAAACCUUAUUUAGCCAGCUAUGCGAAUACAGAGGCCUACUUUGAUAACCACCAUCGCGCGCAACUUAAAUUCCUCUUAUCCCAAAUAAACCCCAAUCUUACACCGAGGCUACGGAAAGCAAACACCAAAGAUGUCGCGGUGCAAGUCAAUCCGAAAAAGGAUGUUUCUGUGCAGUGUUCCCUCGGCCCACGGACCCUCAUGGCCAGAAAGCGAGACGCUUUGCGCAAGAGUAGACAAGAGGAGUCCCAGACACCCGGCAGUCCAGGGAGCUUUGUGGGAGGCGUGCGCUACCCUCGCACACUGGCAGUCUACUCACCUAUCGCGUCUAGGAGACUUGCAUCCUUUCUAGAAGAUGACAAAGUGGAGACGAGUCAAGCACGGACAGGUGACCCACCUGAAACCGUGAAGAUCGGGAAAAAGAAUAAAGGUGAGAAGUCUGAGGAAAAAACCGAACAGGCAAAAUACGAAAAUACUGAGCCAUGUACAAAAGCUAGUAAUACUGACCAGUCAGUUACGACCGAGGACGUCAAAGCCAAUCAGGAUGGUUUGAAAGUCAAGGCCCGCGUGAGGUUUCAGGUGAGCCCCAUGCUCUCACAUAUUUAGAAUAGUCAACCUGGCUGAAACAGACCCACCCACUUUUUUUAGAUUGACAUGAGUAAUUUAUAGGUGGAAGCUGUGUAGAACAUCGUUGUCAAAGUUUAGAUCGAACGAUAUGGUAUUCUCAUUCUAACUGGACUUUUUACACCAGUCAUUUUUCCCAUAGGGGAUUUUAGAAAGAUUUCAAAUAAAUGUUGUGUUUCAUGUAAGCAUACCCAGGCGUGACGUUUAGAUAACCAUGUAAAUCUCUCUUGGCAAGUUGACUUAUCAAUAUUCGCUCUAUUUUCUGAUUCGAAAAUGCUAAUUAGCAUCAAAGUAGACAUCAUUCAAAACUACAACUCCCUGCAAGUCUUCUCUAGCUGACACCUUUGCUAACAGGUAUUGUGUCAAUUUAAAACUUGCACAAGACAGUUCACAGAAUUUUACAUUUUUAAAGCAAUUUAGCCAAUUUAUUAAUUACUACAUUUGGCUACCAUUAGAUAGUUAAUCCAGAGAUUCUUACCUUUCCCUCGGUUCAGCAGUCUCGCCCAGAUCAUGGCAUUUUGUAGUUCUUUAUGAUAGCCACAUUAGCAGCUAAGUAGCGUUUCAUUUUUGGGGGUGAAUAUAUGAAGUCAUUGUCCUAGAGAUUUACACGGUUAUCAAAAUGUCAAGCCAUGGUAAGCCUACACGAAAUACAGCCCUUAUUUUAAGUGUUUCUAAAAUCCCCUAUGGGGAAAAAUGAAUAGUGGAAAAAUGACUGGCACAAUUUCCCUGUUUGACUGCUAGGUUGUAUGGGUAUUAUGACACCUACUGUGGUACUCUAUGCCAUCCCUAGUUUCUGGAGCAGAAGUAUGGGUACUAUCACUGCAGAGACUGCAACCUGCGUUGGGAGAGUGCAUACGUUUGGUGCGUCCAAGGAACGAGCAAGGUACAGUACGCUGGUCUAUUCACUCUGUGAAGUAUGCGUGUUACUAAUCUGGUAGUGCCUCUAAUCAGGUCUGUUACAGGUGUACUUCAAGCAGUUCUGUAGAACAUGCCAGAAGUCCUUCAAUCCCUACCGUGUUGAGGACAUCACCUGCCAGGUAAGAAUCUAGGCUUCUGUACUACUCUACAUUGUUAAACUGACAUACAAACCAUGACUUGACACUAUAGACUUGGGUCCUCCACUUACCUAUGUCCACUCUGUCUCCACAGACUUGCAACAAGGCACGCUGCGUGUGCCAAGUGACCCCGCGUCACGUUGACCCCAAACGCCCCCACAGACAGGAUCUGUGUGGCCGGUGCAAGGGCAAGAGGCUAUCCUGUGACCUCACCUUCAGUUUCAAAUACAUAAUCUAG